AUGGGAGCUCUACUUGCUGCACCGGCAUGCGCCGCUUCGUUGGCAUGUUGCUGUGGUGGCGCGGCAUGUUCGCUGUGCUGCGCAGCUUGUCCAACGACACGUAAUUCGACUACCACCCGUAUUAUGUACGCAGUAAUGCUCUUCGUUGGCACCUUUGUCGCCUGCAUCAUGCUGGCUCCUGGAAUUCAACAAAAGUUGGCUGACAAUAACUGGUUCUGUCAAGGGCUAAGCGAAUAUGCUGGUAUAAACUGCGAACGAGCGACAGGGUUCCAGGCUGUGUACAGGAUGUGCGCAGCAAUGGCUUCAUUUUUCUUCAUUUUCAUGUUGAUAAUGUUUGGGGUGAAAACAUCGAAAGAUGCGAGAUCAUCAAUUCAGAAUGGAUUCUGUGCGGAUUGUGUUGGAUAUUUCUUUGUUCGCAGUGAGCACUUAUCAACGCCCCUUAUGUGGUUUGGUAUGAUCGGAGGAUUUCUCUUCAUCCUUAUUCAGCUGAUCCUAAUCGUGGACUUUGCUCAUGGCCUAGCUGAAAGCUGGGUGGAGACAUAUGAAGAGAAUGAAUCGCGUUGGUGCUAUGCUGGCCUACUUACCUUCACCUUGGUUGCUAUGCUGUUGCGUUAA